GGGUGCACUGAAUCAAGUAACACCAUCACCAGUCCCAUAAUGGCAACUGACAUUGACAACUCUCCUCCUCCUCCUCCUUCUUCUUCUUCUUCUUCGUCUUCUUCUGGCUCUACAGUUCGAAGUGCGAUCGCUUCCGUAUCCUCUGCAACUCUCGCUUUGUUCCCGUCUUCUUCUUCUUCUUCGGGUUGAAGGCUCCGGGGAGGGGCGACGCGCGGUUUCGCGAUCCUUCGCUUGCUUCGCGACUUUAUCCGCCCUCUCUCCUCAAUGCGCGAUCGAGCCUGCGAAUCGGUGUUGGGGAGUGAUGUGGUGGAAAAUGCUGAUCGGAUUGUGAUGGUCGUCCGCGCAGGCGAGUAGCUACCGGCACUCUCUGGUUGUUUCGGUGGGGGAUUCCAUGGCUGGAGAAUUCGAAGAGACGUUCAGCGUUAGUUUUCAGGCUGAUUCAAUUCACUCUGGCUCUAUUUCGUUUGGAAGGUUUGAAAAAGAACCUUUAGCGUGGGAAAGGAGGUCUUCUUUCUUGCACAAUAGGUAUCUCGAAGAGGUUGAGAAAUUCUCGAAACCAGGUUCAGUGAACGAGAAGAAAGCUUUACUUGAAGCUCAUUUCAAGAAGAAACCACUCCUGCAUCAAAGUUCAUCGGAGUGGCAGACUGGAAGGGACCAUCGGCGUGAUGAAUAUGAUACAUCAGAUGAUACGAGCAGGGAAGGAUUUGAGCUUGCAAUUGAAGAUAAUUAUUUUGGUCACUAUGACGAGAGUCCAGCAAGAUCAGGGUGUAGUGGAGAGUACGAAGUAAGAGUUGGUAAAAGAGAAGAUCCAGGUGUUUCGUCAUUCCCAUCCCAUGAAAAAGAGGUGUUUGAUGAUCUUUCCAUGGAUUUUAUUCCUAUAGGGUAUAAUGCACGGAUGCCAAUUUAUUUAGAGGAAGGGCAUGAUGACUUGCCAAUAGGUUGCGCUGAGACACAGACACAGAUAGACGCAACACCGAGUUCUGACUAUGAUCAGAGAGAAGCAGAGAAUUGUUCUGAGGCCAUCCACUCAGAUAUGAAGUGCGAGACUAAUCAAAUGGUUGAAAAGAAUUGUUCUGAAACAUCUCAUCUUUCUCCAAAGUUGGCAUCAGCAUCAGAUACUAAGCUCACUGAGGCCACAGCGAAGUCUCAGUUCUCAGCGGCUGAUGACAAGAGAAACAUUUCUGCUGAAUCAUCCAAUGAUUUGAACAAUACUCUGGGUGGUAGGAUAAGAGGAUCUCCAUUAAAAACAAAUAGACAGAAAGAUUUAACCAUGUCUGCAGUUCAAGCUUCCCGUUUAGUACAUAAAACUUCGAACUCAGAGCAAAGGGAAAAGCCAGUGGUGAAACCUGUGCGUGAAGACAAUAGCAAAAGAGAGGGAGGAAAAAAGAUUUCUGAACCUCAAUCUAUGUCAUUGAUGAAGCUUGAAUCAAGAGUAGAUUCUACUAGAAGCAGGCUAAAGCAGAUCAGGCAGUCACAGAAGCCAGAAACAAAGGCCACCUCUAAAGGUUUUUAUUUUCUGAGUGACCAGCGUGCACAAAGGAGGAAAGAGUUUUAUAUGAGGCUGGAGGAAAAGAUGCAUGCUAAGGAGGCUGAGAUAAAUGAGAUUCAAGCAAAAGCACAGGAAGAGACGGAAGCUGAAAUCAAGCAAUUCCGGAAGCGCCUUAAUUUUAAAGCGAUGCCUAUGCCUACUUUCUAUCGCACAACUCUGCCAUCUGGGCCUGAUGGCAACAAGGCUUCAUCUAGCAAAGUCAGGUCAAGCAUUUCAUCAGUGAGAUAUCCCAGUCCUCAAAAGCAAGCUGCUUCAAGGCCCCGAAUUCAUUCCAAGGCUGGAAAUUGCCAACUUGCUGCUGCGAGUGUAUCUCUAAACACAACCAAUCCACCUGAAGCCUCGCUGGAUCAGAAAUCGAUCGGCAAGACCCGGGGCUUUAAUGUGGUCUCUUCAAUACCAUCAUCAAGCAAAGCUGAAUCUGCAGGAGUUGCAACCGCAAACGAAGCUGCUUCAAGAAAGGGUAGAGAAGAUGACAACGGGAAUACCAACAAGCAGAAAUCAAAAGCAUCAGCAACUGCUAAGACAGUGAAAGGCCAGCGAGUUGAGGGGAAGCAGAAAGCUGGAGUUAAAAGAGACGACCAUCAAACGAUGAGAAAGGAUACUAGAAGUGUCUGCAUGAGCAGGACGGGCCGUGUCGCGGUCAGUGUUACAUCCUGAGAGCAUUUCUUCCGUGCAAUCUUCCCUAAAUUUGUCAUCGUUUCAUUUUUAAUUAUUGGCGUCCACAUAACUUCAAUUGAAGUCGCCUGAGGAAGUCUAGAAAAAUAAGGUAAAGUCAGCUCUCGUAGAAUCUAACAUGGCCAAAGAGGCAAGUCUUGGUCGCGAUUCACAGUACAUUCAUUCUCUAUCAAGGCCCGAGAAUGUCUUUUAUGCACGUUCAUGUACCAUAAAUCCAACCGAAAGGCGGCGAAAUAUGUUCUGUCCUGCCGACAUAGAUUAUCGGAUGGGAUACCUGUAUAUGGAAGGACAAUCGUAAUUUAAUCACGAAUAAGCCGAGGGACAUAUCU